AUGCACGACCUAUUGGACAAGUCAUUACCUCCAACACCAGCACCCAGCUCCAUGCAAGAGGAUUCGGAGGAUCAAGCGUACUAUGUACAAUACGUGUUACCCCAACCAUCUUUUCCAAGUGUCAUUAACGCCGACAACAUCUACCACCAAGUUGAGAGUUACGUUGAUCAGGACUCGGACGCAUCUUCUGUGGACAGUAAUCACCUCGAAGAAGACGACCUUGCUGAUGAGAUAAGCCGAGUAAGUCUCGACGACGAACAGCUUGACUAUGCAGAGGAGCAAACGGAUUCUUACACACCACUACCAUCACAAAGAGAUUUGCUUCAGCAUUCACAUACUGGUUCGGUCCAGUUGCCAACCAGAAAUCCGACUCUUAUCUCAGCUCGAUCGGUAUCUACCCGCACGCGAUCACUAAACGCGAGACUUACUAAGCGAAAGUCACUCGCAAAGCCCAAGGUUGAAGAUCCCAACCUCGUCACCUGGGAUAGCAUAUCAGAUCCAGCAAACCCGCACAAUUGGCCUCGACAUAGGAAAUGGACAUCCACAGUCCUGAUCGCAGCUUUUGCGUUUAUAGCACCAAUGGCUUCGACUAUUGUUGCUCCUGCACUGGAAGAUAUAGCCGAUGAGUUUGACAUUGCCGAGCGAUCAGCAGAGGAGUUCCUUGUCAUGUCCAUCUUCCUGCUCGCCUUCGCCAUUGGACCAUUCUUGUGGGGUCCGCUAAGUGAGGUAUUUGGUCGUGCUAGAGUAAUGCAGUUGAGCAAUCUGAUCUUCUUGCUGUUCAACACGGUGUGUGGGUUUGCGAAGACAAAACAACAAAUGAUGGCCUUUCGUUUUCUCAGUGGAAUAGGUGGGAGUGCUCCGCAAGCAAUUGGAGGUGGUAUUGUGAGUGAUUGCUUCAAAGCUGGUGAGCGUGGUACGGCUGUAGCUGUGUACUCGUUGAUGCCAUUCAUCUCUCCUGCCAUUGCGCCCAUUAUUGGAGGUUACGCCACUCAAUACACAACAUGGCGAUGGGCCUUUUGGGCUACUUCAAUCUUCAACCUCGUGGUUCAGAUAGCCUGCCUCUUCCUCCUUCGAGAAACUUUCGCGCCAGCCAUACUGGCCAAGAAAGCUGCUCGACUUCGUCAACAGACGGGUAACAAAGAUCUACACACAAAAUGGCAAGGUCCCGACCAUACCACCAAAAAACUCGUCAUGAAGUCGCUCAUACGGCCCUUCAUCAUGCUCACAACCCAACCUGCACUCCAAGCAAUGGCCUUCUAUCGAGCAUACCAAUACGGUCUCAUGUACCUCGUCUUCGCAACCUUCCCAAUGGUCUUCGAAGAAGCGUACAAUCAAUCCACCGGUCGCGCCUCGCUAAACUACCUAAGCCUGGGCGUCGGCUUCGUCACAGGUCUCCAAUUCAGCAAAAGUUUACAAGACAAGAUCUACAAAUGGUGCAAAGCACACCAGAUCGACCCAACACUCUCGGUCUUCGAGAAGAGUACCUGGACACAAUUCCGCGGAAUGCGCCACCUCUCAUCAACCGACGGCGACGCACUCAUAACCAACAACAACCACAACACAAACGACACGAACAACAGAAGUCCAUACGCCAACGUAAAACGCGCCGCGACAAACCGCUCGCUAACCCACGACUCAACCCUCGCACUACCGGAGUAUCGCCUCCCUCUCCUCCUCCCCUUCAGCCUCUUCAUCCCCAUCGGCCUCCUCAUCUACGGCUGGUCCGCCCAAGCCAGAGUCCACUGGAUCGUCCCCAAUCUCGGCUGCAUCAUCUUCGCCAUGGGCCUGAUCGUCUGCUUCAAUUGCGCUCAAGCCUACGUCGUCGACACCUACACGACAUACUCUGCGUCCGCGACCGGCGCAGCAGCUUUCAUACGUACAAUGGCGGGUUUCAGUUUUCCGUUGUUCGCGCCGGGGAUGUAUGAGAAGCUAGGAGUGGGUUGGGGAAAUAGUUUGCUUGCGCUUAUUGCGGGGACGAUAGGGAUCGGUGCGCCGAUAUUGCUGUGGAGGUGGGGUGGCUGGUUGAGGUCGAAGAGUACGUAUUGUACUGGGUAA